AUGGAAGGUAUCGAAAUUAAGGAUGACGCUCAGCCGUAUUCCAGUAUGGCUGGGAAGCUGGAUCCCCGACUCCUUCAAGCUCUCAAUGUGAUGGGGUUUACGUCCAUGACACCGGUUCAGCAGCGUGUUUUGACCGAACUUCCCACCUGGCGCACCGACUGCCUCGUCCAGGCCAAAACCGGCACUGGCAAAACCCUUGCCUUUUUGCUGCCAGCGUUGCAUUGUCUCCUUGAGGCUCGGUCGGCACCACCGAGGGGUCAGGUCGCCAUCUUGAUCAUUACGCCGACUCGAGAACUCGCGCAGCAGAUUGCCAAGUCCUGUGAUCAAUUGACGUCGCAGCUUGCGAAGCCUUUGGAGUGCCACAUUGCAGUCGGAGGAACAGCCCGAGCAUCUGCCCACAAUCGAUUCAUGAAUGGGGCACCCUCUGUUCUAGUCGCAACCCCAGGGCGGCUGAAGGACUACCUUUCUGACGAAUACACUGCCGAAAAGCUGUCAAACAUCCAAACCCUCGUGUUGGACGAAGCGGACACGAUGCUUGAGAGUGGAUUCUUGGCUGACGUGAAGCAAAUUCUCAAGCUUAUUCCUUCAAAGAAGAGCAAGGGCUGGCAAGGAAUGUGUUUCUCCGCCACUAUUCCGCCCAAAGUCAAGGACGUGGUCAAUGUGGUUUUGCAGCCAGGCUACACUAGCAUUUCGACCAUGCAGGAGAACGAGUCGCCAACACAUGAGCGAGUUCCCCAGUACCACGUCAUCAUGCCAUCUGUGGGAGAAACCUUCACUGCACUUACUUCUCUCCUGAGCCUCGAGAGCAAGAAAUGCUCGAAAAUUAUUGUCUUCGGCGUCACCGCAAACAUGGUUGCCCUCUUGGCGAAAGUGUUUUCUAAGGGUUUGACCCCGUUGAAGGUGUUUGAAAUUCAUUCUAGACUUAACCAGGGUGCUCGCACGAGAACCACGGCUCAAUUCAAGGAAGCAUCUGCCGGAAUCCUGUUCGCCUCGGAUGUCAUUGGCCGCGGCAUGGAUUUCCCCAAUGUCGACUUGGUCAUCCAGGUCGGUUUGCCCUCGAACGGCGAGCAGUAUGUUCACCGCGUUGGUCGUACUGCCCGCGCUGGCAACGAUGGUCGUGCUAUCAUCCUCCUCACCCUGGCCGAGUCUUUCUUCAUGAAAGUUAACCGCCACCUGCCCAUCAAGCCCCAUCCCCAGACCAACGUGGUCCUUGAUGGAGCCCCUGCCUUCGCAGAUGCUGUCACUAUGGCAUUUUUCAACAUUGAAGAGGAAACAAAGCAACGUGCCUACUCGUCUUACAUUGGUUUCUUUGCGGGAUCCGGUCUUCUGAAGCAGGUUCGUCUUGACAAGGCUGGCCUAGUCCAACUUGCGAAUGAGCUGGCCGUCGAGGGUAUGGCAUGCCCUGAGCCUCCGGCAAUGGACCGAAAGGUCGUCGGCAAGAUGGGUUUGAAGGGCGUCCCUGGAUUCAACUUCGCAUCCGGAAACGACUUUGAUAGAAGCAGUUCUUCUAGGCCGCGCGGGGGCAAGAGGCGUGAUGCACUUAGCCCUGGCGCAGGCCAAGGAGGCCACAGGGGUGGAGUCGAGAAGACCCGCGGAGGCAGAGGUGGAGGGGGCCGGGGGUCUCGUCGCGGAGGCCGUGGAGGGAAGCCCAGGGGAGGAUGA